GCAGGGGUGCAUUGGUGCAAUUGAUGGGACCAUGAUCGACGCUGUUGUACCUGCAGAGGUGCGUGAGGCAUAUCGCAACCGGCAUGGCAAAGUUGCCCAAAACGUAUUGUGUGUAUGUGACUUGGACAUGAAGUUCACAUUCCUGUACACUGGUUGGGAGGGAAGCUCGCAUGAUGCACGUGUAUUCAUCGAUGCAUUGUCUCAGGGCCGCAACGCAUUUCCAAUGCCUCUCGAUGGUCAUUAUUAUCUAGUCGAUUCGGCGUACCCAUGUACUCGAGGAUUUAUGCCCCCUUACCCUAGAGAGAGAUAUCAUAGAAGUGACCGUCAGGGUCAGCGGGGAUUUAGGGGGUAUAAAGAUUAUUUUAAUCAUCGUCAUUCAUGCAUUCGUAACGUAAUAGAACAUACAUUUGGGGUCUUGAAAUCAUGAUUUAGAAUUUUAAGACUCAUGCCUGGUUAUAAAGUUGGGAGGCAAGGGGAUCUGAUCAUUGCAUGUUGUACGUUACACAAUUUUAUUAGAAUGACGAGCCCGAAUGACUGGUUGUUCGAGGAGUGGAGAGAUAUGGAGCUCAGUCCAAGCGGUCGUGCAUAUAGCGACGCCGCAAUUUCAGGAAAUCAUCCUGACAUGAUCGUCGAAUCAGCCCGAGCUAUGGCUGCAAUUAGGGAUGACAUUGCCAAACGUAUGUGGGAAGCUAGGAGUGGUCAUUGACUUAUAUUGAUAAAUAUUGACAUUAUUAUCAAUAUAAGGGUGUAGUUAGAGAUUCAAAUGUAUUACAAAUUUGAUUUUGGUCUGGCAAUAUAUUACUAAUCUAUAUAGAUAGGGAAGUUUGUAGCAAAUUUAUUUAGAAAUAUGGUUGCUAAUAUUAUAAGCUAUAUACGUAAAUUUAGUUU